AUGCAGUCUCUGAAAUGGUGCUUGUUCUUGCCUCUGUGUCUGUCCUGCGGCUAUGCCUUUAUGUUUUCUUCUCUGAGAGAUAAACCCAAAGAAACCCAGGGGAAGGUGCCCUGCGGAGGGCACUUUCGAAUUCGGCAGAAUCUACCAGAGCAUACCCAAAGCUGGCUUGGGAGCAAGUGGCUCUGGCUCGUUUUUAUUGUUGUGCUGUACAUGAUACUGAAGUUUCGAGGAGAUGGUGAGAAGAAGGUGCAGACUCCUCCCACCCUUCGGGGAUGUACAUUUCGCCCUCCAGGAAGGAAAAACGCUUCACCCAACAAAAACCAUGCAUUCAAUAGCUUAACCCGGCUCGAGAUGGACCUUGUGAAAUUUGUGUCCAGGGUGCGGAAUCUGAAAGUCAGCAUGGCAACCAGCAGUCACUUCAGGCUUCAGAACUUAGGGAAUGUAGAUCCACACCAUAACAUUACAAUAUAUGAGAUUUGGGGCAAAGACGACUUUGCCGAUUGA